UUAUUCGCCAUGCUGCGUACCCCCGCGAGCCUGCGGCGCCUCAGCCUCGCCGUGUCGAGCAAGGCCUUCGACCCGCAAGCCGGCCUGGCCUCCGUCGGAACGGCGGCCCUGCUGCGCAGCGCUACCGUCAGUCUCUGUGCAGAAAUCAAAUUUCGCGGCGCUUCUCCGCUUACGGCUGAAUCAUAACUUCCACGCCAUCGACGCGACGCCUGCUCGAUGGACACAGGUCAUGAGCGCGCUCCGGCUCCCGGGCGGCACCGCCAUCGCGCAGUCCACCCUCCAGGCCGCGACGACCUCGAGCGUGGCUGCCUCGCUGGUCGGCGCCGCGGCGGAGGGCCGGUUUGUGGGUGGCGCGACGCUGGAAGACGCGAAGCGGACGGCCGCGGCCCUCGCCGAGGACGGCAUCGCCACGAUCGUCGAUCACGGGGUGGAAGAAGCCGAUGAUGUCCAGCUCGAACUCGCGCGGAAGCGCCAGCUCGUCGCCGCCGCUGGUGGCCUUACCGUGCCGAUCAAGCCCACUGCCGUCGCCGACGGAGCGAUGCUCCGCGCGCUCGCGGACUUGAUACAGCAGGCGCCGGAGCCCGACGCCGCGCGCCUCGACGGCGAGCUGGUGACGCAGCUGAGUGAGGAGCAUCGGAAGCACUUCGACGACGCCGUCGAGGGCCUGGUGCGCCUCGCGCGCGACGCGGAGGCCGCGGGCGGCGCGCUUUUGCUCGACGCCGAAAUGACCGACCUGCAGCCGGCCGUCGACCGCCUGUUCCUGAGCGCGCUCGAGGCGUGGGCCGCCGACGCGGACCGCGCGUUCGCGACGUACGCGGCUGUGUGGAAAUCAACCAGUGAGUUCUGUUACCGUGAUCCUCCAUCGAGAGCAGAAGCUGUUACGAGGACAACGUCGCGUCGAUGGCGGUAGAAUCGCCACGCCGUCGAGCAGACGCCGCUACGGAAGCACGUCGCGUCGAUGGCGUGGGGCGCCCGAAAUUUGAUUUCCACGCAGGUACGCUGGGCCGGCCGGCGCGCCCCGGGCCGCCGCUCUACAACACGUACCAGUGCUACCUCGCCGGCUCGGAGGCGCGCCUGGCCCUCGACGCCGCAUUCGCCAAGGACCUCGGGGUCGCGUUCGGGCCAAACUCGUGCGCGCGCGCCUCGUGGCUGAAGCUAAGGCGGCCGGCCGGCUCCGCGGGUCCAAGGCCGAGACGGACGCGGCCUACGACGCAGCCGUCUCCCAAUUAAUAGAGGCCGCGGCGGCGGGCGACGACGCUCACGCGUUCCUCUGCACGCACAACGCCGGCGAGCUGCGAAAGGCUUUGUCGAAGGCGGACGCGCUGCACCUCGAGCGGGGCGACGACCGCCUCAAGUUCGCGCAGAUCCUGGGCCUCUGCGACGGCCUGACGCGGUCGCUCGCCGCUGCGGGCUGCCGCGCGCACAAGCUCGUGCUCUUCGGGGCGACGCGCGACCUCGCGCCCUGGAUCGGGCGGCGCCUCGCGGAGAACGCCGACGCGCUCGGGCGCCGGCGGCCGAGGCUCCCGCCUUAUGGCGAAAUUGGCGCGGCGCGUGGUCGGAUGAUCUCGCUCCUGUUUAAACUUAGUUCCUAUCCCAUCCGUCCGUCGUUCAACGGGUUAGUCAGAGGGGAGGGAUGGGAUGGGCUUUGGGAUGGGCGCCGCCGAGUUAAUCGGGGCGCGGGCAAAACGCCGGGCGCCUCGGCGACCCGCUCGUUGACGGGGUUGUGGACGGGCGCGAAGACGGGCUUGCCCUCCUUCUCCUUCUUCGCCAUGGCUCCGAUGCAGCAGAGCGCGGCGAUCGCAAUGACGGCCGCGGCGAUGAGGCCGCCGACGAGCCCGGCGUCGUCGUAG